CCAACCAGGUCGCAAACAUGUCCUUCAACAAUCGCAAGUUCUCUAUGAAUAGGAACACUGGUGUUCCUCGGCGAAGAUUCAGCAUCGGCGACCCAAGUGCCAAUGAAACGAGUUCCAAGAUCCAUCGCCAGUUCCGUGCUGCAAACCCGGGUCAUCUUCCCCAUGCGGGUUUAGACGCCUCACGUGCCUCCACAGGUGUCGUAUGGUGUACCGAGCGCGCUGCUGAGUAUGGCUUCCUUGACGAACCUGAUAAGUGGGCCAACCUUGGUCAGGGCGCUCCCGAAGUUGAGGACGACAUUGAGGGCUGCUUUGAGCGUCCUACUACCAUUGACAUCUCUGUUGCCCUCAGAGAGUAUGGACCCACCGCUGGUAUCAAGCCUCUACGUGCCGCCGUUGCCAGAAUGUACAACGAGAUGCAUCGUCAAGGCAAGGAAAGCCAGUAUUCCUGGGAAAAUGUGGCCAUUGUCCCCGGUGGAAGAGCUGGCCUGAUCCGCAUCGCCGCUGUGCUGAACAAUGCCUACGUCGGCUUCUUCAUUCCUGACUACACAGCCUACAACGAGAUGCUGUCGCUCUUCAAGAACUUUGCUGCCAUUCCCACACCUCUUUCUGAGGAGGAUGGCUACCACAUCCACCCUGAUGUGAUCGCGCGAGAGAUUGCCCGAGGUACCUCGGUCAUUAUAACCUCAAACCCCCGAAAUCCUACGGGCAGAGUGGUUGCCAAUCCUGAGUUGGCUGAAAUCCAGGACAUUUGCCGUGGUCGCGCAACUCUUGUUAGCGACGAGUUCUACUCGGGAUACAACUACACCAGCAACUGCGACGGCACUACAAUUUCGGCCGCUGAGAACAUCGAGGACGUAGAUGAGGAUGACGUUCUCAUUAUCGAUGGGCUCACUAAGCGAUUCCGUCUUCCUGGAUGGCGUAUCGCUUGGAUUCUUGGACCCAAGGAGUUUAUCAAGGCCAUCGGUUCGUGCGGUUCAUACCUCGAUGGUGGAGCCAAUGCUCCUUUCCAAGAGGCCGCUAUUCCUAUGCUUGAGCCAUCCCUUGUCCGCAGGGAGAUGGCUGCUCUCCAGCACCAUUUCAGAGAGAAGCGAGACUACGUGGUUAAGCGCCUACGAGAUAUGGGCUUCGUGAUCAAGUAUGUGCCGGACAGCACUUUCUACCUCUGGCUUAACCUCGAGGGUCUGCCGGGCCCUAUCUCGGACGGCUUGAACUUCUUCCAGGCUUGCCUGGAGGAGAAGGUUAUUGUUGUCCCGGGUAUCUUCUUUGACUUGAACCCUUCUCGCCGUCGUGACUUGUUCGACAGUCCUUGCCACCACUUUGUCCGUUUCUCAUACGGUCCGAGAAUGGAUGUUCUCAAGAUGGGCUGUGAUGGUAUUGAGAGAGUUGUCAACAAGUUCAAGAAGUAUAUUUAGACAGAACCCUUAUUUUUAUGAAGAAAAAAGGGUUGAGGAGGUUGGGCAUGGUUUACUUGUGAAAGGUGAUGAUUUGCAUCUUUACAGCUUUUUCUCUAUAGAAAAAGAAAAUAUAAGGCCUUAGCCUAACACUGCCAUAGAGGCUGAUUCAUGAAAUAAACUUCUUUUUUUUUCUCUAUUAAAAUGAUUGUCUCGUGUCAUGCUUUGGUUUCAAUACAUAGGU